AUGGGGAGCGUUCAUAGCCAGAAUAGUGAUAUGGAAACAGAGGCUAAACAAUCCGGGACUCCAGCUCGCAGAUACAACUCUGACACGUCGGUUGUUUCUAAUAAGUCUACGAUUACGUUUGAGAAGCGUAAAGUACCACUGAGGGGGCGAACGCAUAGUUUGCAGAGCGUUUUUAGUGGGAUGUCGUUGAAAUCGAUGCUGCAGAACAGUGGUAAUGGAGGGAAUGGGGCGGCAGGAGCGGGAGCGGGAGUAAAUGGAGGGAUAGAGAAUGGUGACAAUGGGACGGAGCGGCACAAUAACAGUGGUGGGGGUGGGUAUGAUGGGAUGGGGAGGAAUCAUAAUGGGGGUAGUGCGGCUGGGCCAGCGUUGACGCUGGUCACGAAUUUCGUGAAUGCAGCGCAGCAGAUUCAGUCUCCAGCGAUUGCGUCGUCGAACAUGCUCCGUCGUCGGACGACUAGAAGCAGCAUGGCGUCUGGCCGGAAUGUUAUAGAGGAGGAUCUUGAGGAUGAUAUUAAGAUAGGGGAGCGUUUGCCGUUCACCGAUGAGCAGCGGAUGAUUACUGGGAAUCAGUUGCAAGGUGGUAGCAGCGACGUGGUCGGCGGUGGCGGGAGUGAGGGUGGCGGCGAGGGUGGUGGUAGGGUUGGUUCUAAUCAGUCUAACAGCUUGGCAACGACUGUUUCGUCUGCAGCUCCAGAACAUUCAUCUACGACUCCUCAGAAACUAGGAGAUACGCCGAUCAGCGGGCACUCGUCAGAUACCCAGGGUCAAACACAACAACAGAAGCUCGUGCAACAGCGGAGUGUAGACGGGAAGAACUCUGGUGCCGUUUCGGGUGCGGAUGUCGAUGAAGAAGAUGAGUUUACACAGCAAAAACAACUGACCAGAGACGCUCUGCGUAAGCUGUCGAUGUUGCAGGCUAAUAAAGUGCCCUUAUCUGUUAGUGGCACUCUCCAGAACGAUCAGGAUGGUACUAUAGAUCCCGAUGAGAACUUGAAUGAGCCACAGGAGCCCUUAACGCAUCUUCAAUUUGGCGGAAAGCAUGUUAUUCUAGAGACUUCUAGGAAUAAUCCUAUACCCCUCAAUCACUCACAGGUUUCCAGCGCUAACGGUCUCCGAAGAUCUUCCAUAGGGGAUGUGCUGUCUCAGCCAGAGCCUUUGAAGCUGCCAGGUGCCAUCCAAGGGAACUACAAUGUCAGCACGAACUAUAGCACACAUACCCAAGAUAGUGGUCUCAAUGGUAGCGCUCAGCAGGAGCAGCAUUUUGCGAAGAAGCCGAUACGGCAAAUUAACGAACCCAAGAAGCCGAUGUACAUGCCUGCAGUAUUACGUGAUAUUUCUGAAACCAAUCUUAAUUGGAACCAACUAAAGUCUCACUCUCCGUCAUCCCACCGAAGUGCUUCGGGUCAACCUAUUAAUAAUCUUAAAACAAAUAAAGGUGGCCAUUCUAAUUAUGCCUCUAGCACACAUUCAGCCACUUCUUCAUUUCUCACAGAGUAUAGGCGCAAGUUCGAUAUAUGGUUGGCAUGUAGCAUGAAGGGUGAUUAUUCAGCGCAUAACAGUGUGAAUCUGGUUCCUCCAACUAGGAAGCAUUGGGUUGCAGACAGUAAGAGACAAUCCUGCAAGUACUGUCACAAAUUAUUCACUUUUUGGGAGCGUAAGCAUCAUUGUAGACACUGCGGUGAUAUAUUUUGUCAGCAGCAUGUGAGGCACUGGAUGUAUUUGAAUCCAAAUGCAAAAUUCAUUAUUGGGGGAGGAGGUAUCGGUAUGUUGUCCAAGAUAUGUGAUGGGUGUUUGGAGGAGUAUGAGCGGUUAGUUAGGGAAGGUCCAAAUGCAGGAAACGCUGGCAGUGGUGCUGCACGCAAUGGAAACACGUAUGAUCCGCUGGAUCGGAUUGCUACUAGCGACCAUAGCAAAACUAUAUCAUCUAAAGUUCCAGUGGCCUCGAUAGAUACUACAUUGGAGGGUGAUGACAAAGCGGCUGAUGCAUCAGGCAGGCAACGGCUAGAUAGUUUUGUUGGCAGUGUUCCGGCAGAUUGGUCCUGGAGUAGUUUUUGA